AUGGAGGUAGACAUCUCAACGGCAACGACGACGACAACAGCAGCAACGACAUUCGUCUUGCCUGGUGAGCCAGAAAAUGGCCACAACUUGCACCCAAAUUCAGCACCGCCAGCACCAAACUACGAGGGCACAACCAAACCUGCAGCCAGCCUUUGCAAAGCAACUCCAACUUUGAAUUCUCAACCGACUACUUCUCGGUCACAAACUGCAACAACAACAGCAGUCAAUGGAAGAGGAGGUCUCAUCUCCAGCUCAGACUUUUAUCCCUCUGGAACUUCAAGUGGCAAAACAAGCCAAGUGGCUAAUUCAAUGUCCACCACUCAUUCGCAAGUAUCCAACGGCCAAUCAGCCUCAUCUUCACCACCUCAAAGUUUACCUGCAUCUCAAUCCACUUCCGCUUCUUCCUCAUCCUCAUCCUCCUCUUCUUCCUCUUCCACCUCCUCUUCACUGCCCCAGUCACCUCAGCAGUCAUCAUCUGACCACCAGCAUUAUCCUCUUCAGUCAUCACUGACCACUGAGGCUUCCAGCCACUCAACUUUGCUCAAGAAAACGACGAUGAGUGACAAUUCGGGACUGAAUAUGCUGGACGCCUUGGCGGCCAGUCAGUCCAAUUCCAACAACAUUGAUCUCCAGCAGCAGCAACUCAACAAUUCUUGCUCUUCAUCAGCUGAUCAGCAUCAAAAUCAGCAUCAUCACCACCAUCACCACAGCAAAAAGAACAAGAAGAAGAAAAAUAAGGACAAGGACAAAGUGAAAGACAAGAGCAAACACAAAGAGUCGAAGCACUUCAAAACAAGUAGCUCCUCUUCUAGUUUAAAUAACCUUGAUGAGGCGAUGAUGACCGCUGAAACUGACGGAAUUUUCCCCUCAGCAGCAACUGACAACUCAGAAACGGUGAAACAAAAGAGGAAAAAGAAAAAGAAGAAUAAGGAUAAGAUGGGGCGAAAAUCUGAAAAGGAUGGCGAGUCUUCCAAGUCUCGUUCAGAAGGCAGUAAGAAAAAGAAAAAGAAGCAUCAUCACAAAAAGUCAAAUGCUGGAACUAGCGAACCUUUAUCAGGCGAAUUCAACCAGACCAGCUCAACAUCCUCUCAAUCACCUUCCAAUGCCAACAACCCUGAGCCUGAAACUUCAACCAGUAUCCCAAUCACCCCCAACAGUAUCACCCCUCUAUCUGCAACUCAGCAGCAGCACUCACCCAAAAAGUCUGCCAAAAAACGGGUAAAAAAGCAAAAGUCAGCUUCGACAAGUGUUACAACUACUUCAAACACUUCUACCUCGCUUCCGGUGAUCCCAACUGUCGGCAUCCUCAGUUCCACCAGUGCAAACCCACCUCCUCCUUCUUCAAGCACUACUCCGAUCUCACUACUGCUCACCCCACCGCCCAAGCGAGUGCGCAUCCGUCGCAAGCGUGAUCCCAAUGCUCCGCCGGCCAAGCGAGGUCGACCCUUUGGCGCCAAAACGCAUCCCUACAAGCUGAAGCGCAAUCAGGAACUCAUCAAGAAGCUGCAGGAGCAACUUCAACAGCAGCAAACAACCGGGGAAUCCAUUCUGCCUUCUCAGCAGAAUAUUCAGCAAACGACCGCUUUAGCAUCACCUUCAACAGCGUCAGUUUUGGCAAAAAGAGGUCGAAAGUCGAGCAAAUCAAGGGUGGAAGAACGGGUGGCCAUCUCAAAGACAGCUCAGUCCAAUGCAGUCCAAUUGCCGCCGCCGCCAGGCUCACAGCCAAGAUCCUCAGUUCGACUUCGCAAAAAUUCUGAAAUUAAAGGUCAGUCAAAGCAGGAAGAGGAGGAGGAGGCUGCACAAAGUGCGGGCAAGCAAAAGAAACGGAAGUCAGGCGAUGUAAAAAUUGAAGCUUCAAGCAGCAAUGCUGGUGAUGGCGACUCCAUUUCCGCCAUCAUCGCCAGCGUCGCCCAGUCAGUCACCUCUCCACCAGCUGGCCCAUCACUGCUAGCUUUAUCAUCCCCAUCAAAAACAUUAAAGCCUCAAAGGAAAAGAAACUUGCCUCCAAGACUAGCAACAGGCAGCAACCAAGACAAAAGCAGAAAGCGCAAAAGAAAGCAAGUGGAAGGUGAGGGUCGCAAAAAGGAGAACCAUAUUUCCUCUGCCACAUCUCAAGUGGAAAAUCCAAAUGAAUCCAGCAAUGCAGCAACUGACAGCGCCAAUGUGAGCAGCAGCAGUUUGCUGGCCAACAGCAAAGUGCCACUGGCCAUUGCUCGCACCCGAUUCAUCGGUCCAGUUGUGCGCAUCGUUCGCCAGGGCGCCGACCUUGAGGAUCUGCAAAGUUUGCUUGAUCUGGGCGCCAGCAGCUCUUCUCCGCCCAAAAGGCCAAAACUAAGGAAAAGAAGAAGAAGGUUAAAAAGGGCAAAAAGUCAAGCAUUGCUGAUAAGGCAACUGAUAGCUCGCCAGUUGAAAGCAGUGAAUUCACCAUGCCCUUUGAGUACUCAGUCUGCCAGCGACAAACUCAGCUUGACGGUCGAGGCAUGGUUGAGGAGAAUGAGAAUGCCACUCAAGCGACGGCUGCAGCUGCCGGCGGAAGUGGAAGUAACCAAACAGCAGCCAGUCGAACGGGUGGCAAUCUGCAAACUGUCCACCAAAAGUUGA